AUGAAAGAGUUUCUUCUUCUUCUUCUUCUUGUGGCCUUUCGAUUGACCCUCUCAGUCUCAGUGUCAGAGUCUCAGUAUGGUAUACUCUUGCCUUAUGCUCAUGAAUCCUUCAAUUUCAGUUAUAUUAAGAUGAAGAACAAGGCAAGUUGUUCUUACUCGGUGGUUAUAUCUACUAGUUGUUCGUCUCCUAGGUAUACGAGGGAUCAAAUCAGUAUUUCUUUUGGUGAUGCUUAUGGGAACCAGAUAAAUGCACCAAGACUAGAUGAUCCAUCUUCUGGUACAUUUGAGAGCUGUUCUUCCGAUACAUUUCAGAUAAAUGGUCCAUGUGCGUAUCAGAUAUGCUAUGUGUACCUCUAUAGAUCUGGCUCAGAUGGUUGGAAACCCGACACUGUGAAGAUCAAUGGUUAUAGUGGCGGUCCUGUUACUUUCUAUUACAACACUUUCAUUCCCAGAGAUACAUGGUAUGGGUUUAAUUUAUGCAACGAUGCUGCUUCUUCAUACAAAGUGACUGCGCAGAAAUUGCUAAUGUUAGUUAUUCUAGGACAUAUUCUGAGUUUCUGGUUGUAA